GACCGCCCUGCCCGCAUGCGCGUCGGCAGCGCACCCGCCCACUUCCGCCACGCAGACGGCGGCCCCGAGGCGCCAAUCCCGGUCCCGCCCCUGAGAGGAGGCCAAUCCGCUGGCUGCACCCCGCCCGGGGAGUGCGCCGGGCAGGUGGGCGCGCGCGCCGGCGCAUGCGCGCUGUGGGGGCUGGUGCGGGACAGCUGGCGCCGGGAGCAGCUGAGGGGCCGGAGGCGGCGGCCGGGAGCGGAGCGUGCAGCAGGGAGCUGCAGCCGCCGCCGCCCACUGCGCAGGACGACCCGGCGCUUGGAAAUGGCGGGUGACAUCACGGACUCCGGGGAGCUCUAUUCUCCCUACGUGGGGCAGGUGUACAUGUUUAACCUCAUCGUGGGCACGGGCGCGCUCACCAUGCCCAAGGCCUUCGCCACGGCCGGGUGGCUGGUCAGCCUCCUCCUGCUGCUGUUCCUGGGCUUCAUGAGCUUCGUGACCACCACCUUCGUGAUCGAGGCCAUGGCCGCGGCCAACGCACAGCUCCACUGGAAGAGGAUGGAGAGCCACAAGGAGGAGGAAGACGACGACUCCUCCACGGCCUCAGACAGCGACGUUCUCGCCCAGGACAGCUACGAGCGGGCGGAGAGACGGCCCAUCCUGUCUGUGCAGAGACGUGGCUCUCCUGGCCUUUUUGAGAUCACAGACCGUGUGGAGAUGGGACAGAUGGCCUCCAUGUUCUUCAGCAAAGUGGGAGUCAACUUGUUCUACUUCUGCAUCAUCAUUUACCUGUAUGGGGACCUGGCCAUCUACGCUGCGGCAGUGCCCUUCUCCCUCAUGCAGGUGACCUGCAGUGCCACUGGCAACGACUCCUGCGGCGUGGAGGCCGACACCAAAUACAAUGACACCGACCAGUGCUGGGGGCCCCUGCGCCGGGGGGACGCCUACCGCAUCUACUUGGCUGCCUUCACCGUCUUCCUCGGACCCUUCACCUUCUUUGACGUCCAGAAGACCAAGUACCUGCAGCUCCUGACCUCCCUGAUGCGAUGGGUCGCCUUCGCCAUCAUGAUCGUGCUGGCCCUGGUCCGCAUCGGGCACGGGCGAGGGGAGGGCCGCCCGCCGCUGGCCGACUUCUCGGGGCUCCGGAACCUGUUUGGGGUGUGCGUCUACUCGUUCAUGUGCCAGCACUCCCUGCCCUCCCUCAUCACCCCCGUCUCCUCCAAGCGCCACCUCACGCGCCUGGUGUUCCUGGACUACGUGCUGAUCCUGGCCUUCUACGGCCUCCUCUGCUUCACCGCCAUCUUCUGCUUCCGCGGCGACAGCCUACUGGACAUGUAUACUCUCAACUUCGCGCGCUGCGACGUCGUGGGCCUGGCCGCCGUGCGCUUCUUCCUGGGCCUCUUCCCCGUCUUCACCAUCAGCACCAACUUCCCCAUCAUCGCCGUGACCCUGCGCAACAACUGGAAGGCGCUCUUCUACCGCGAGGGCGGCACGUACCCGUGGGUGGUGGACCGCGUGGUGUUCCCCACCAUCACCCUCGUGCCCCCCGUGUUGGUGGCCUUCUGCACCCACGACCUGGAGUCCCUGGUGGGCAUCACGGGAGCCUACGCGGGCACCGGCAUCCAGUACGUCAUCCCGGCCUUCCUGGUGUACCACUGCCGCAGGGACACGCAGCUGGCCUUCGGCCACGGGACCCUCAACAAGCACAGGUCCCCGUUCCGCCACACCUUCUGGGUGGGCUUCGUGCUGCUCUGGGCUUUCUCCUGCUUCUUGUUCGUCACCGCCAACAUCGUGCUCAGCGAGACCAAGCUCUGACGGCAGGAGGUGUCCAGUGACAGGAGUGUGGGUGGGCAGGCGGGCUGGGCCGGAAGGGCCCCCGGCACCUCCAGCUGGAGGCUUCUCCGCGGCCGAGACUCCACCCAGCGUGCACCUGGCCCCACCAGCCGGCAAGGCGGGCCCCCGUCCGUGCUGGCAGGCGCUGCUCUGUUGUACAUGGUCCUGCCCCCACCCGAGAGGUGGGCUCCCCUGCUCAGUGGGUGACGCGGUGCUGGCACCGCUGCUAUUUAUACCAGACCCCCCCCAUGGCGCUCCCGCCCCCACCUGUCUGGGAACUCUGCUCCACUGGCCGCUGCUGCCUCCCCGGAGGCCAAUCCCUGACUCUGUCGUCCUCACGCAGCCUGCCGGGCCUGGGAGUCACCAAGUGACACUCCUGGAGCAGGGCCUGGCCAGCCCCAGGGACACGGACAGGAAGUGCUAACUGGCACAGGGCCCCCACACCAGAGCUGCGAGGGCCCUUGCUGUGGGCGCCAGCUCCGGAGCAGCAGGUGCAUGGGCCAUCCCUUCCACGGGGACACGACAGCCUGAGGGCUGGGUUCAAAGCCCAGAGAGGGACUCUGUGCCCCUGGCUGCCCCACUGGAGCCCUCGGGGUCUCCUGCCACUCCCACCCCCACCCUCCGUGACUUGGGAGUGCCCUGGGCAAGUGGCUGUGACAGGGCCCCACAGCCCCACGCUGCCCGGCUCCCCUGGGAGCCCAGCCGUGGGUGCUCGGCGUUCACACGCCCAUGGGUUUGGAGGAGCCACCCGCUGCCGCUCCCAGGAAGCGAGGCCGGCCCCCAGCUGCUUCCAUCACUGCCAGGGCGGCUGGGGACUCAAUGUGCCUUUUCCUGCUUUGUGCCCGGAGGUCCUCCCUGGCCCGUCCUCAGCCCAGGGCCCGAGCCCAGCUGACCUGGAGCCCAGAGCAGCUCACCUUGCAGCUGCCUCUCUGGGGUGGGGUCUCAGGCCCCCUGCCCCUCCCACUUUUGAUGUCAGUGCCUUGCUCAGCCCUCAGGAGCGCACCUUCCUUCUCCUCCUCCCCACCUGGGAACCUGGCACAGGGCCGCGAUGCUGGGUUUCCUGGGGCCCAGGGCGGUGUUGGGUUGGGGCUGCCUUCCCCCGGUGGUCACAGCCCGGCAGUUCGCACGGCUUGUCCCCGCAUAGCACUGUUUCCCGUCCACGUGAGAGACACACACCCCUUCCCCAUCUGCCCUUCUGGCUUCUCAGGAGGCCCUGCCCCAGGUGGGCAGAGCCGGGCAGGCACCGCUCUGCUGAGGCCAAAAAUGACGAAGACAAGGCUGGAGCCCUCCCUGGCACUGCCCGGCUGUUUGCUGAAAACUCAAUUACAACAUCUGUACUUCCCCUUCUCCAAUUACAGCCCCUCUCGCUUAAGGACAAAACAAAUUAAAUCAUCUCGCCUCCCCAGGCGCCAAACCAAAA